AUGGACGAAAAUAGAAUAAUCGACCAGCUGUUUAGUAAAGAAUACACGCCACAAGAUGAGCCCGAGCAAGCCAAAAAUGAAGAUGUGUCGUUAUAUGGGUUAUUAGAUGAAGUUGCCAACGGUAGGCGGUUGAUGACCUGUUUGUUCCAUUCACCUAUGCAGAUGGGGCAUAAAUUGAGUACCGACAAACUCGAUGGGAAAUGUCGACAAAUACAAAGAGAUUGGACCGAUGAGGAAAAAACAAAAACUAUGAAUUCAGGCGCUCUACAGUUGGAUGGGCCAGUUUUAUUUUCCUGGAGUCAUAAUGUAGCAGCUGCUUCUACACAAGAAACUAUAAAUGCAACCUUGAAGCAGAACUCUACGAGCGGAGGAAGCAAUAAGCCUAAAAUUACCACUACCAACCAGCUAUUUGAUAGGGCUUCUGCAGAGAUUGAUAAGUGUAUAAAGCCGAAUAACAAGAGUUGGAUAGUAGAAAAAAGAUUCGAAAGGAAUGAGCUAAAUAGUGCUGAUAGCAAGAAACCUUCUACGUGGGCUAACUCCGAUUUCAAAGUGGACCCCCUCCAGAAAUUCGUCGUUAAGGAAUUGCCAAAAGCAAAGAAGAAAUCAGACGGUGAUAAAACCAAAAAAAACAAAUCAAAAAGGAAGAGCUUUUUUGGAUUUUGGGGCCAUUCUGGUACUAAAUCAAGUUCAAAGAAGAAAUCCGAGGAGCCCAUAGAAGUUAAAGAUGAAGUUUAUAAUGAGGUGGAUCAAAACCCUGUUGUAUCGCCGGAUGACGAUACAACCUUCAGUGAUGGGAUUACUGCGCCACCAAAGCAAGAGAUUAUGAGUGGCCAGCAAGUUGAACCCAAAGUGUGCGAGCCUUCAGUUAAUGACACUGCGCCCGGUGAUUAUGAUGAUUGUAACAGAUUGGAACAAGCACCCGCACAUGUUAGUCAUCAUCCAUCCAGCGAGCCCAGCAUUGCCAGUAUUCCUUCGUUAACCCUGGGUUCAUUCGUCCCAUUGCAACCAAAAAAGAAAACGUAA